CAAAUUUAUUUUGGUUUCUUGUUCCUCUUUUGAGAAUGCCCUCCUUCUUCUAUCAAACCCAUUAUUUUCGAUCAUACUUCGGUUGCUUCCUUGUCUUCUCAUUUCUUCCUCGCCCUUCAUAGCCCCAUUUUCCGCUUUUAACUGCUCCUUCUCCCGCGAUUAACUCAAUUCCAGUAAGUUUCUCACCCGGAAUAUCCCUUCUUUGCUCCUCCGAUUCUUCUUCUUCCUGCUGCUCCUCACAUUUUCCUUCUAAUUACUAAACCAAUUUUUUACGAUUUAUGCUUUCCUCUGCUCUCAGAUUCUCCUGUCGGUUGUUUCUGAUCAAUUUUCCCUGCUACUCUUUCAAAAUUUCGGUAUCUAUGCUGAAAAACAAGAAGAAUAUUAAGAAGAUUGUGUUUCAUGAAGAGAAAUUGAGUGCGUAGCGGAAUAAGGAUUUGCACAAGGCUGAGCUGUAUGAUUCCAAUUCAAUUUCAAGCUCCGCCGUUCAAUUAACGCUAAUUUGGGUUAUGGAAUAGAAUAAUUGAGGAUUUUGUUUUUUCUUAUUUGAUGACUCCUUGUUGAGUUGAGUCGAUUGAGGUUUUUUUGUGCGUCAUGUUGGAUGGUUGUUCUUAGUUGAGAACUAUCGAGGAGUUUGUUUUCUUCUGGGAAGUACGAUCAUGAAGCGACUUACUAGAAAAGUUGGGAAGUAUGAGGUGGGGAGGACCGUUGGGGAAGGGACGUUUGCCAAGGUUAAGUUUGCAUGUAACACGGAGACGGGGGAGGGUGUGGCCAUGAAAGUAUUGGCCAAAAGUAGCAUUCUCAAGCACAAAAUGGUACAACAGAUUAAGAGGGAGAUAUCAAUAAUGAAAAUUGUCAGGCAUCCACAUAUUGUCCGACUGCAUGAGGUGUUGGCUAGCCGGACAAAGAUAUAUAUUAUUCUUGAGUUUGUCUCAGGAGGUGAACUAUAUGAUAAAAUAGUUCUUCAAAAGAAGCUCCCAGAAAUUGAGUCUAGACGAUACUUUCAUCAGCUGAUAGAUGCAGUUGCUCAUUGUCACAGCAAGGGUGUGUACCACAGGGACCUUAAGCCUGAAAACCUUCUUCUUGAUGAUGAUGGAAAUCUGAAAGUUUCCGACUUUGGACUGAGUGCACUGUCUCAAAAAGGUGUUGACCUCCUUCACACGACAUGUGGAACUCCUAAUUAUGUUGCACCCGAGGUGCUUGGUGGUCAGGGUUAUGAUGGUGCAGCUGCAGAUAUAUGGUCAUGUGGAGUCAUCCUCUAUGUACUAAUGGCUGGCUAUCUUCCAUUUUCAGAGAUGGACCUUCCCACCCUAAACAUGAAGAUAAAUGCAGCAGAGUAUUCCUGUCCCUAUUGGUUUUCACCUGGUGCAAAGUCCUUGAUACAGAAGAUCCUUGAUCCAAAUCCUAAAGCUCGAAUUCGAAUUGAAGAAAUUAGAAAAGAUCCAUGGUUCAGAAGAAACUACAUCCCUGCUAAACUUGGAGAAGAUGAGGAAGUAAACUUAGAUGAUGUUCGGGCUGUUUUUGAUGACAUUGAGGAUGAAUAUGUAGCCGAUCAAACAGAAAAAAGUGAUGAUGGUCCUUUGAUAAUGAAUGCAUUUGAGAUGAUAACAUUAUCUCAAGGAUUAAAUCUGUCACCACUAUUUGAUCGGCGACAGGACUAUAUAAAGCGGCAAACACGUUUUGUUUCUCGUAAACCUGCUAGCUUUAUAAUGUCUAGCAUUGAAGCAGUAGCAGAAGCAAUGGGAUUAAAUGUCCAGACACGUAAUUUCAAGACAAGGUUGGAAAGAAGGACCGGAUACAGGGUUGCACAGUUUGCCGCUGUGCUGGAGAUUUAUGAGGUGGCACCAUCCCUUUUUAUGGUGGAUGUCCGCAAAGCUGCCGGAGAUACUCUAGAAUAUCACAAGUUCUACAAGAAUUUCUGUGGUAAGCUAGAAAACAUAAUCUGGAAACCAUCUGAGAGUGUGGGAAACUGAAGCCCUGCUUGGUUACUAACUGAUUCCAUGGAGCAAAUGAACAAACACACUUAAUCAAAGAUGCAGCAGAGGAUCAUGAAGGUUCACUUUCUCUAUGAUCUGAAUUUUGUAUAUGCUGUUAUGAUAUAACUCAGGAAGUGUGGAAUUCUCAUCAUUCCUGCGUUUAAAGGUUCCGUCACAGGAGAAGAAAAAGAAUAAGAAAAGAACUGGUUGAGUGUGAGAAAGUGAAAAUGCAUCCUUAGGAAAUUUGCCUUGGAUUGUACAGAAUGUGAUUGAAAGUAAAUUUAGAAUCUUUUGCUGUGAGCUGUUGAACGUAAAUUUGUUAAUAACUAACUAAUAGUCCUUUAUAAACUAUAUUUUCUUUACAUGUCUCAAAUAAUCCUUUUUCCAAUACUA